GGUUUGUUCCUAAACUAACAAUAACUUGAGAAGAGAAGAACGUCAAUAAGACGACAUAUGAACCUGUUAAUGCGUAGAAGAAAGUGGUCCAGUUACAGAAUCUACGUCUUUUAACUCUGAACUUGUUGAUUAUAAAAUUUAAUAGGUGAUCAUGUCACUACUGUAGCCAGCAGUAUGGCAGAUAAAAUAGUUGUUAAAAAGGACCAAGCGCUUGUUCCCUUCCAAUUCAAAGUCCCAGCACAGAGGGCUGUGAAAGCUCAGAAAGUGUUGACCGAAGAUGAGUUUUCUCAGGGAAUCACCAAGAUUAUUGAAAGAGAUUUCUUUCCUGACAUUCCAAAACUCGAGGCUCAGGUUGAGUAUUAUGAGGCUUUAGAGAAAAAUGAUUUGGUCAAAUUGAGGGAGAUUCAGAUGCAAUAUGGCCGCCCUGAGACUGGUGCAUCAGGUGCAGCUCUUACUCCAGCAACGUUCGAAACCCCUGUAGGCAGGAGGAAAACAACGCCUGCAAAGAAGGGCAGACCGAGCACGGACAACUUACGCCCUGGUACUAGUGGCGAUGUCGGAGGCACUUCAGAGGAUGUCAGUGAAGAAGUUCCAGAGGAAGAGAUGGAAACACCAAAGAUGAAGCUCGACUCAUUCUUGGCACGGAACACGAGUGAAGACAGCGCCUCCUUUUCUGAGCUGCUGAAGGAAUCGGAGCGCAAGAGACAGCUCAAAUAUGAGUGGCUCUUCCAGAAAGAGAAAGAGCAGCUGGCAGAGCAUGAAGAUUUUGCUGCUCUGCCAUCCAUAGAGGAACAAGCAGCGAUAGAAGACAAGCCGUUGCAUGUGAACACCUGGAAGUAUGUCAACGAGAAUCAUGUCAUGUAUGUUCCUGAGGGCAUGGAACUGAGUGCGAAGGAACAGAUCGAGGACAAAAAACACAAGCCGAAACAGAUCAUCCACGAGAAUACGCGGUUCCAGCACGCCCCCUUCAACACUACCAAGAGCAAAGAGGCCAUGCAACAAGCAGCUUCCUUCAAGGCUUUGAUCAACAAAGGAAAAAUUGGCCAUGAUGGCAAAGAGAUGCUCCAGUCCCAGUCCCCCCAGGUCAACGGCUAUGGCUUCAUGCGGACUCCAUCCCCGGCGCCGGGCGUGGCCGACUCUCCCAUGAUGACCUGGGGCGAGAUCGAGAGCACUCCGGCUCGGCUGGACAAUGCCAAUGACCUGCUGCCCGCUGCCACUCCUGGACCUGUGUUUAGGAUCCCAGAUGUCCCGAAGAGAGAACGUCUGGCCCUGGAACUGUCAGAGAGAGCCAGCAAAGCUCAUCGGGCCAAGAAGGAGGAAGCUUUGCGGCAGGUCACGAGAAGGUUUGCCAGCCCGUCACCAUCGUCGAAAAUAUCGCUGAGCUCUGUUGAGCGGCUGAACUCAAUGUCUCCAGCAGCACAGCGGUUGGCUAGCAAGCGUUUGGGUAUCCGCGUGUCCACGGAUAAGGCUCUUCAAGCCAGCUACUCCCCUAGUCCCUCUCCGUCACACAGAGUUCCCGGCACAAAGACUCCUGUUCGACUCACGCCUUCGUCCAAGCGAUCAGCACGCAGCUCAUUGCCAGGAACGCCGGGACUGAGGACCCCAUCGAGUGAGAGAGGAAAUGGGACGCCUACACCCACGUCGGAAACCACACAGGAAGCUCCUUCUCUCACCGAUCAUUUGUUGAACUUACCCAAGAGAAAAAGAAAGUCGGCUGCUGAUUUCUUCUGAAAGAAUGGUGUGUGUUGUUUGCGUAUAAGUGCCAGUGGAGGAUGUGCUGCUUACUGAAGUGAAAGGUCAAACCUUUGUAGGAUCUGACCUGCUGACAUUUGUUGACCUUAUCAAGGUGAUCACCCGAGGAGAAAAUAAAAAGUGAGGUCAUAAGUUAUAUUUUGUGGUGCCGGUUUAGAUGAAGAUUUACAGCAAUGUUUCUGGUUUAGAUACUGUCUACCGUCGAGACUGGUCUGAAAAUGGGUUUCGAUGAAGGUCUGCCCACCAGUUUAUACUGGCUUGGGACUUGUGACAAGGAUCAGUUUAAUUUUUUCCUCUACGUUUAUACAGGCUUGAGACUGUCAUUGACCAUAUUAAAUAUGUUUUUGUGGGUGUAGUUUGUUUGGGGGGGAGGGGGGGUUGUGUAUGGGGGAGGAAGGUUGACUGGUCCCCCGUUAAAAAAAAAAUAGUGCCAUCUAGUCACUGUCGCGACUUAUUUGUCAAUAUUUAUACUCUUUUCCCCAUUUUUGCAAAAUUCUUUGAUGUAAACAACACUGCAACAUGAAGCAGUCCACCCACCCAUACACCGCAGUUGUGAAACACCACCACUCCCCCCCCCCCCCCCCCCCAGUGCUGUUGUUACAGUUACAGUGGCCAAUCAGGUGGGACUUAUGCUAGGCAGUAGACUGUGGUUGAUUGGGUGGGACUUGGGUAAACCUUCAUCUAAAUUGGCACCAAUUUUGCUUUACCAGAUCCUGUUCUAUUUUUUGUACCGAGAAAAAAAAGAUGUGUCUUCGAUUGCGGCGGCUUAGACGAACUUACUUGGCAGCAUUGACUGGUUGUUGUUUGUUUUGGGUU